AAUUUUCAUUUAAACGAUUGUGGCAAAUUUUCAUUUAAAUGAUUAUAGCAAAUUUUCAUUUAAACGAUUGUGGCAAAUUGACAUUUGAACGAUUAUGGCAAAUUUUCAUUUAAACAAUUUUUGUAGCGCGAUUGUUAGCUUAAGUCGCAAUCGAUUUAGUAUUCGGUCGAUUAUAGUCGACUCGUGAUUCUUAAUAGUCGUUAAAACAAUGUUAUCUACAAUCUAUAAGACAUUUUAUACAUGUUUUUCUAUGCAAUUAAAAUUUAAAAAUGUUAUAUAUUUGAAGUAGAUUUUAAAGUGUAUACAUAAGUAUUUUAUUAUGUCAAAUAAUUAAUUGUUAUCUGUCAAGAGCCGUCAAAAAUAAUAGACUUUCGUUCCCAAAUCCCCCUUCCUAUUCCUAAUUACCUACAUCGUCUGGAAAAACCAUUGUCGGGUACUGGCGUUAUCGUCGUUUGAUAUAUUCGUGCGUGAGUGUAACAAAAUAGCAAAAAUUGCUUGAAGUUAAUGUAAAUUAGGACUAAUUUUACUCAAAACAUUAUGUUAUUGAAAUUGUGUUAGUUGCAUCGUCUACGCAUCCAUACGAAUCUAUAAUAUUUUAGGCUUUAUUGUACAAAAUUAAGUUUCUUUUUAAGAUUUUAUGGAUUUUCUUUUUAUGUGAUAAUAAAUAGAGUGAUCUAAAUAUCCGUGAGUUAAAUUUAAAAGUUUUCGUUCCCAUUACCUUGCUGCUAAGGAAUUAAAUCGAAGUGAAACGUUUUCGACUGAUUGUGGUACUUUAUGGACGCCAUGUUGUUAUUUACUCUUUGAUUUUUCACUUUUUUUGUUAUGGGUUUUGUGUGUUGUGGAUAAAUCUGUGUGUGAGCAUGUUGGAAGAUGUUCCCAUACACGGAAGUCGCAGUGAUUUCAAGACCAAGCCUCCUACUCACCAAAGAAACCUUAGUUUGGAUUUUAGACAUGUGACGGGCGCGAAUGGGCCGCCGGCGGGAUGCGGCCACCAAAGGAACAGAUCUUUGGAUUCUGUUUUACAAAGGAUACCGGAGGAUAUGACACCGACAUCGCCGGACGGUGCACCGCUUCGAAUAUCGUGCGAAGCGCCUGCGCCAAGACUCGCACUACCACCCGAAGUUCCCACUGGGUCCGAUGACUCUGGCAUUCAUACUCCACCAGACGGAAAUGAUGAAGAAAGACCUCAACCUCCUGCCGCUGCCAGAUCAAGAGAGAGUCUCGAUUCGGGCAAUCCAGAAGAAACUGAGAAACCUCCGGAUCCGCCCGAUGCUGUUAGCGAACCGCCAGCUACGACUAGUAGCGCUACAGAAACGGCAAAAAACAAAGACUUUCUUCUACGACUUUUUGAAAGUAAACUGUUUGAUAUGAGUAUGGCUAUUACGUAUCUUUUCAACUCUAAAGAACCCGGUGUGCAAACCUACCUAGCUAACAAAUUGUUCUCAUUCCCACACGAAGAUGUAGACUUUUACCUCCCACAAUUAGCUACAAUGUACAUUGAAAUGGGAGACGUAGCGGACGUUUUACGACCAUAUUUGGUGUAUCGGUGUAAACAAAGUGCACAGUUUUCCCUUCGACUAGCGUGGUUAUUAACAGCGUUUAGUGGAGAUGCAAAGAGGUCAAGAGCGACAAAGUUAAAAGACUCUAUUCUGGCUGAGGAAAUCAGGCCAGCUGCAAGGCGAGGUCAUCACAGAUCGCAAUCUGAUGCCUCUGCGUUGAGGUUAGCUACGCCAUCAGGAAGGCAUUUGGGAGACCUCGCCUCUGGCCGUGCCUUUGAAAAUGGUUGUCUUUGCGGUGAGCAAUGUUCAUGCGGGGCGCCAAGGUUAGAGCCUCAAACAAAGUUUCUCACAGCUCUCACGAAUAUUGGCCGACAGCUUGCCACCGUGGCUGACAAAGAACGACGGAACGGUCGUCUUCGAGCUGAACUAGCCACUUUGGACCUCAAUCUGCCAGCACGAGUCUGGCUACCUCUACAUCAGAAAUCUCACUACGUCUUGAGAAUACCGUCUCACGCCGCUGCUGUUCUCAACAGCAAAGAUAAGGCUCCGUACAUAAUGUACGUCGAAGUGCUGGAGACAGAAGGGCACGAGCCUCUCCCGCCCCGCCUGUUGCCACCUGCUCCUCCUGCGCCUCACUCGCCGCCGAUCAGACACACGAAGAGCGAAGAGAAUCUCGUGCCGGAAUGGCCGGCGCUCUCGCUCUACUCGGCGCUCGAUGACGCCGACGCGGGCGAUUGUUGGAGCCACGACGACGAGGACCUCAGCACGCAGUACGCCGCUAAACCGCCGGCGCCCGACUGCUUAUCGCAAGUGUCGGCGCUGUCGGCGCUAUCGGUGACGUCGGCGCAGUCGACGUCGUCGUGCGGCUCGCGCGAGUCGCUGGCGGUGGGCGCGGGCGAGGUGCGGCGCCGGCUGGCCGACGCGACCGCCGCGCCGCCGCCCAACGCCUUCCGCCACGACCCCGCCGACCCCUCCGCGCUCGCGCUCAAGGAAUCGUGGGAGAGCAAGCUGGCUCGCAUGCGUUCGAUCUCGCCGUACGGCUCGCUGGGCGGCUGGCGGCUGCUGGGCUGCAUCGUGAAGGUGGGCGACGACCUGCGCCAGGAGAUGUUGGCGGCGCAGCUGCUGCGGCGCCUGCAGGCCGUGUGGGAGCUGGAGCGCGUGCCGCUGCGUCUGCGCCCCUACGAGAUCCUGUGCCUGGACCGCGAGUGCGGCCUCAUACAGCCGGUGCUGAACUCUGUGUCCUUACAUCAAAUCAAAAAGCAAUCGGGGAAGUCACUGCGUGCGUGGUUGGAACUCGAGCAUGGGCCGCCUAACAGCGAGGGCUUCAUGCGAGCACAAAAGAACUUCGUCCAAUCUGCUGCCGCAUAUGCACUUACUAGCUAUCUAUUACAACUGAAAGACAGGCACAAUGGGAACAUUUUAUUGGACAGUGCAGGGCACAUCAUUCACAUAGACUUUGGAUUUAUUUUCUCCAUAUCACCGAAGAACUUAGGUUUUGAAAGUUCUCCAUUUAAGCUGACGAGUGAGUUUGUAGAGGUGAUGGACGGUGAGAGCUCGGACAUGUUUGCGUACUUUAAGAUUCUCAUCCUGCGCGGUCUCAUCGCGGCACGCAAGCACUGCGACCAGAUCAUACACCUUGUCGACGUCAUGCGGAUGGGUGGUCAGCUGGCGUGCUUGCGCAGCAGCAGCGCCGUGUCUGCAUUCCGCGCACGUUUCCACCUCGGGCGCACGGAGCCGCAGUUGCGAGCGCUCGUGGACCGCCUCGUACGCGACGCGCUGCACUCACUCAGCACGCGCCUCUACGACAACUACCAGUACUACACCAACGGGAUCCUAUAACCCGUCCUGACGACCACCGCACAUCGGACUACACUAUGACUCACGCAUAUAUAUAUUUUAUUUAUUUUUUUGUGCACUUCUUGCUAUAUUAUACCAUCGCAGUCUGACCGACUUGCAACUGAGUCACUUCACGCAAAACCGGUAUAUAAACUCAAUUAAAUAAUUACUUUUCUUCCUUCACAUGCGACCAACUCUGUAACAGGAUAUCUGAAUUACAGACAUAACUUCUCAUCACUUCGUAAAUUUUCUUUGAAUGAUUAUAAUUACAGUAAAAUAAAUAUUCGAAGAAAUAUUAACUUACAUUUAUAUAUUAUUCACUUUCUAGGAUGAACAGAAAAACUCCAUCAAAAAUCAUCCCUAUAAAGUGAUUUACUAAGUCGCUUUACUAUUAAAUUUGAAGUAUAUGUUAUUGAGAAAAACUUUGAACAAUUGAAAAUUUAAUAAUCAUUUUAUCAGUGGCUGCACUGAAAAUGUUAUUAAACAAAUGAUCACCGAUUCGGAAUGAACUAUUAUAAUAAAAAUAAUGUCAUGUAAUGAGUGUGGUUUAAAAAAGUAAUGUACGGUUUUUAAAGGAUAAUAUGAUAUAAAUUAUUGAAUUUAUAAUAAGAUUCUAAUAUUUGCGCUGUCGGUUAUACUUUAAAUAGAUUUGUGUUAUGUUUUUAUACAAAAGUCUUUAAAUUAGUCUUUAAUUUUUAAUAUUUUAUCAUGUAAAGAAUUAUUUUUAUGGGACGAGAAUUAUCGUUAUAUUUAUUUACUUUUGCGUCUAAAUGACGUUACAGAUUUUUUAAUUUUAGUGCCAUACCCUCCUGAGACCGAACAAUCAGAAUGGUAUGCGAAGACUCAUCAGAUAUAACUUAUCACGAAAGACAUCACACUGAUACUUAUAUAUAAUGUACAUUUGUAGCAAAAACUUUCAUAAAAAAUAUUUAUAUUUUGCAAAAUAUUCUUCAAGCAAAUAUUGUUUGUAAUUCUGAUAUUUUCAAAAAGAUAUUGUUUUAGUUUAUAUUUUAUUUUGAACAAGUAGGCUAACAUAACAUUUUUCGCUCAAUGUGAAAUAAAUGGAAACACACUUUGUCCCGUCCAUUAUUAACUAGUAACUAGAAUUUCACUUAGCACUUUAAUAAAUUUCUUGAAAACUAAGAUGAGCAUGAACAAGGCGAUAUUAAAAGAACCCAAAAUUUUCAAGGAAUUAUACGAAAAUAUUUACUGGCUAGUUUUCUCGGUCUGUGUCCACUAUAUUGCAUAUAAAUUGCAACUUUUGAAAAUGUAAAUAUUAAGAGAUUGAUAAUUUUUGCAAUGAGAAGACUGAUUGUUUCACGGAUGAAAAGAGGUUAGAAUUAGGUUCUAUAAUUAAAUAAAUUUAAGUUUUAACAUGUACAUAUAAAAUUGUUUUUGAAUAAAAAUUUGAAUGUGAUUUCAAAAGUUGUUCGCAGACAAUCGCCAAAAUGUCGAUAAGAGGAAGCAUGAUCUAGUUAGUAAACUAUUAUUAUUAAUAAUAAUAAAUGAAUUUAUUGUUGAUUAGAUAGGUAUGCUAAAACACCAAACUGUGUACUAAUACCAUUGUAUUUUGACUGGAAAAUGUAAAAAAGGGUUUGUUUUUCCUGUCGUGCUAGAGUUUAUUAGCAAAUUGAAUACCCAAAUAUGUACAUCAAGGCAAUCGAUAAUUUUAAAUUAUCAGAAGUGUGGAGUUUUAAAAUAUAUAUUACAAUGAUAUUUUUCAAUUCUAUCAAAUUUCUAAAACCAUUGGUAAUUUAAAAACACUCGCAAUCACAACGUUUCCGAUUACUUCCGUACUUUCCGUAAUGACUUCAUACCAAAUUCGAGUAUUUGCAUGAAUAUAACUGCUGUUUGAAAUAUACUAAUAUGUUCAGCAAAAUUGCUUAUAUAAAGUUAUGCUUCCGUUGUAUAAUAUAAAUUACAAUGAAUAGAUUGAAAAAUGUAAUGUUUGCUUUGAAAAAUGGAUGUAAAAGCUUGUUGCUUUAUGUUAUGUUUGUAUUGUAAUAUAAAAGCUUAUCCGGAUAUAUUGAUUUUAAAAAUAUACAAUGACACCAUUAAUAUGUCAUAGUUUUGUACUCUAACGAACUAAUUAAAUAUACUUUCGUUAACAAUGAUAAAAAAAAAUAUAAAUGAUCACAAAUUUAUUUUUUUCAGUGUAAACAAUUUCUUAAGUUUUAUCCAUUUCUUUUCAUUUUUAAUAUCUCAUUACAGCUAUUCAAAGUAGCUCAUUAUACUUUGAAAAUUUUACUUAGAAUAUUUAGACUGUAAAUAUAUUUGUUUCAUACAAUGAUAAUGUUUCUCCUCAAAAUUAAUUAUUCAUGUUAUUUAUCCAAUGUGUACAGAUAAAUA